AAAUUUGAAGUAGAAAAUUGCAGCAAAGGAAGGUUCUUGGUUGUGAAUAUAGCGGCAGCUGCGGCGGGCCCCACAAACAACUGCCACAUCUCCGCCACGCCUACAAUUCUACCAACUGUUUUAAACUAAGCAUGAAGAUAGUCGUGUUGCCGUCGACUUUCUUUUUCCAUCAAUUUCCUAUUUUCUCGAUUCAUGCUACUAAAUACAUUAUGAUGAUGGUGAUGAUGAUGAUGGCCGCGUUUUCUUCUUCCUCUUCUCCUCUCUGUAUUUGACUUGACCAUUUCUCUCUCUCUCUCCCGAGGUACAAUACGGCUCCCUCUCUCCAAUCAAUCACUCUCCAUCCCGUAUAUAUAACUGUUGAGGAUUUGCUCAUUCUCAUCCCCACUCUCCGCUUCUCCGAUUGGGCCAGGGUUUUAAUUCCUCAUUGCACUUGCUCUACCAGGAAGUAAUUUAACCAUGUUUUUUAAGGAUUUUUUGCUGAUUCUGUUUGUGUGCUGGAUUAAUUUUGGGGGCAGCGAUGCCUACGGCCUCUUCGGCUUCGAUGUCCACCACCGCUAUUCCGAUACCGUUAAGGAUUUCCUCGACGUCAGGGGGCUGCCGGAGAAGGACAGUCUCGACUUCUUCGCCGCCAUGGCCCACCGCGACCAUCUCUCCAAAGCCCGCCGCCUCGCCACCACCCCGGCCUCCAGCCCCUACCUCACCUUCUUCGGCUCCAACGAGACUUACCGCCUCUCCUCUCUCGGAUUUUUGCACUAUUCACUUGUUUCUGUGGGUACCCCGCCCGUGUCCUUUCUUGUGGCACUCGACACGGGGAGCGACCUAUUUUGGUUACCAUGCGACUGUACGGAUUGUGUACGUAGCUUGAACUCGACUUCAGGGAAGACUGUAGAGCUAAGCAUAUACAACCCUAAUGUAUCGUCAACUAGCUUACCCGUUCCCUGCAAUAGCACUAUGUGUGGAAGGACAAGAGGAUGUGCGCUGAGGCGUAAAGCUUGUGCUUAUCAAGAAGUGUACCUUUCCAGCAAUACUUCAAGUACAGGGAUAUUAGUAGAUGAUGUUUUGCACUUGGGAACAUAUGAAAGUCCUCAAAAACCUGUUAGUGCCCCAAUUACAUUAGGAUGUGGAAUAAUUCAAACCGGUGAUUUUCUUGAUGGUGCUGCUAUCAAUGGUCUAUUCGGACUUGGUAUGGACAAUAUAUCGGUCCCUAGCAUCUUAGCCAACAAAGGGCUCGCAGCAAAUUCUUUCUCGAUGUGUUUUGGAGGGCGUGAUGGAGUUGGAAGAAUUGCUUUUGGCGAUAAAGGAACUCCCAAUCAAAAAACAACGCCUAUCAACGUUGAAUCAUCACAUCCCAGCUAUAAUGUGACCGUGACAAAUAUAGUUGUGGGGGGAAAUUCAAGCAAGGUCGAGUUCACAGCAAUCUUCGACUCUGGCACCUCCUUCACAUACUUGAACGACCCAGCUUAUUCUGUUAUCGCAGAGGGUUUUGAUUCUCAAGUAACUGAACCACGUUACCAACCUGAGAGGAAGAUUAUCUUCGACUACUGCUAUUCACUCGGUAAAACUCAAGAUAGCUACUAUACUCCGGACUUGAACAUCACGUUUAAAGGCGGAGACCUAUUUUUUGUCACUAUGCCAACUAUUGUGAUUCCACGGCAGGGUGGAUAUGCAUAUUGUUUGGCUAUCGUCAAAAGCGAGGAUAUUAACAUCAUUGGACAAAAUUUCAUGACUGGCUACAACAUAGUCUUUGAUCGCGAGGAGAUGAUCUUGGGGUGGUCAGAAUCCAACUGCUAUGUUACUGCUAGUGGAUCGAACACCUUACCUGUAAACAAAGGCAACAAAACGAGUGAUGCUCCCGCGCCUUCCAUUUUAGACCCGGAGGCCACACCUGGGAGCACGAAUCGUUCUUCUGCACCAUCUCCACCGCCACCACAGCCAGCAGGGCUGCCUGUUGGAAGUGGAGCUGCUCGACUCAGUUCCAUCGCUAACAGACUUCUGAUGGUGGCUGCUUCUCUAUUUUUCUAUCAAUUCCUCAUUCUUUCUUCAUGAGAUUUGCCAACGAGGUAACAGUCCCUUUUUGAGUAUUCUGUUGACAAAUAUAUACCACAGGGUUAAUUAGUUUGGAAGAUUUUUGUCAAUUAUUUGUUCUUUGAUAAUUACAUGAAAUGAUCUGAUAUACUUAUGUAUAUAGAAAAGGGAUUGGACUUCAAUAAUUACACAUGUGGAUGGAAUUGGAUUCUGGGACGCUCAUAGAGCAUUUUGGGUUUUCCUUUCACUAUUUGUAUCUAUUCGAAUAUUCUUGUAUAAUAUUAUUACAUUUGUUGAAAGUUAUUAUUAUGUUUA